AUGCCUAAUAAGUCGGAAACGGCCAUUCUAGUCUCCCAUGUUUUUGUCAGUGAUGUUAUUGUGCUCUGUGGCCGCUGGCGGGAACAAAAUGUCUCCGAAAGCGAUUGUGUCAUCGCCUUCAGUAGUUUCCUCUACUACCUCUGCUAUGCUCCUCUGGUCUACGUCCUAUUUCUGCGUGGUUACCUUAGUUCGCGAAAGGGACACUUUGCGUUCCUCUACCGGUCGGAUCUCUACCGCUCUCAGGAUGUGGGCCUUUCCGUGAACUCCGGUGACAUUACUGUGCCUUCUUACAUGCCUGUGACCUGCCACUCUGAUCCUCCAACCCCUCUCCCGUCGCUUGCGGAGUUCUGA